AUGGUUAUUGAAAUACUAAGUGGUGAACCUAUUUAUCGUAAUGGUGAAUUUUCUGGAUUUGUUACUUCUACAGUAUAUGGUUUUACAUUUGAAAAACAAGUCUGUUUAGGAUUUGUUCAUGCACCUUCUUCAGAAAGAAUCACAGUCAAUUAUAUUCGUGGUGCCACGUAUGAAAUUAAUAUAGCAACUAAACGAUUUAAAGCACGUUUUAAUGUCUAUCAACCAGCUGAAAUGAAUCCUACAGUUCUACUAUAUAUAAAUUAA